AUGUAUCUCAUCCGGCUAGCCGUCUUCCUCUUGUUUCAAUUCUCAGUAUCAGCGGUCGCCCAAGACAUGGAAACGUCAGAGACAGUAUGGGCGGUGUUUGCAUUCAAUGUUCAUGGGGAUAGCAUCCCCGAUAUUCUCCCUCAACCGAGAACAUUGUCCCCAAUAGGGGCACAAAAUUUGUAUGACGUUGGGUCUGCAUUUCGUAACCGCUAUGUUAUGGGUGCUGCCUCAAAUGUUGACGAAACGGCUUCACCGGAUUUCUUGGUUAAAGAUCUCGCCCAGCAUCGAUUAAAUGCGGACGAAGUGAAAAUAUAUUCCGGUUGGGAUCAACAUGUCCAGGCCUCGGCGCUAGCCUUUAUGCAAGGAUUUUACCCACCCAUCACAGGACAAAAUGACUCCUUUUUGUAUGUUGAUGAUACAUACCUGUUGGCUAAUGGGUCCAUUGCUACAUCUCCUCUGAACGACUAUCAGUAUCCUCGUAUUUAUGCAGCUGGGGCGGCUGAUCCAAACUCCAUAUAUGUAUCCGGCCAAGGAGAUUGCGAGAUGCAUCGGAUAUCGGAGUUGCAGUACCAAUACAGUCCUGAAGGACAAAGUGUUGAGGACGACACCGCUGAGUUUUACUCUAGUCUAUAUGAUCAAGCUUUUGAAGGAGUGGUGGACGCGGCAUGGGUAAGUUAUGCAAAUGCGAUGGAGAUAUCCGAGUACCUGGAGUAUGGGUAUGUGCACAAUGCUAGCCUGCAAGGAUCAGUGACAGCGUCCGAUUUGCAAAGGGCGAGGGUUCUGGCAGAUCAGUAUGCCUUCGCAACGAACGGAAACGUGUCAGCCUCGGGUCUAUACGAGGGCGACAUGAUUCGUGCUAUUGCCGGACGCACUCUGGCUCGUCUCAUUCUGGAAUCUUUCGAAGAAAACAUGGAGACACAGGGGGCUUCGUCCAAGAUGACAUUGUUAUUCGGGGGCCCAGAGCCCAUUGUAGCGUUUUCUGCCCUAGCGCAGUUAGCAUCUUCAAUGAACAGCAACUUUUAUGGCCGCCCAGUUCCCGGGGCUUCGCUGAUUUUGGAAAUGUUCAGCAUGAAUUCCUCAUUGGACCCGACAUAUCCAGAUAUAUCCGACUUGUAUGUUCGAUUCAUUUUCCGCAACAGCACAUCCACAAACGAAGAAUUCACCCAGUACCCGCUUUUUGGCAUGAGCCCAAGUUUAAUCGAUACCCCCUUCUUGGAGUUUUCCGCAGCCCUCGGUGGGGUCCUGCUUCCGUCUACCGAGGAAUGGUGCAAUACAUGCAACAGUUCAUCCAUCUUUUGUGUCGGUUCCAGUCCUUCGGAAAUAAAACCUGCUAAGCCCAGCUUGAGCUUGGCCGGUGCUGGAGCUAUUGGCGCUGCUGUCACUCUUGGUGUGAUGUGCCUGGUUGGUAUAAUUGGAUGGCUCUGUGGCAUUGGUAUAUAUCGGAAGCACAAGCAGUUGAAAGAUGACGGCUUUAAAGGUGGGACGAAGCUGGAGGGUGAUCGAGAUGUUGCUUUUACCAGCCCAAGAAAUGGCCUCUUUGCAGGGGCAGUGAUGGGCUCAGGAAGACAGGCGGCGAAGUCCCACGAGCGCACAGGGAGCUGGGAAAUGAAGAACAAGAGACGGUCGGCUGAAAUAAGCCAGGAACGGCUAGACGGCGAGGACGAAAUUGAGGAGGCGACUGCUAAUGCAGAGCCAGUGAAGGUACACGAAGCUGUGUGA